AUGGUCCACGUCGAAGAUUCCUUGCAAUUGCCUCGAGACUUCGAAGGCUUCGGAGAAGAAGGACACGAUCCCCAGUGGCCAAAUGGUGCUCGCAUAGCCGUAUCGUUCGUUCUGAACUACGAAGAAGGCGGCGAGCGUAAUGUUCUAGAUGGAGACGGAACCAGCGAGCCAUACCUCUGGGAGAAAGGCCCGUCUGGUGGUGGUAGAGAGCACCGCCAUCUCAACGGAGAGCAGGACUUCGAGUAUGGAAGUCGAUGCGGAGCUUGGCGCAUUCACCGUCUGAUGAAAGAAUUUGGCUGGAAGAUGACUCUAUGGGCUAUUUCUGUGGCCAUGGAGAGGAACCCUUCUUUCGCAAAGGCGUGCGUACGCGAUGGUCAUGAGAUCGGCGCACAUGGCUACCGAUGGCUCGAUAUUUGGGAUUACUCUUUCGAGGACGACAAAGCUUAUAUCAAGAAGUCCUGCCAGACUCUUGAACAAGCUACCGGCGAGUUCCCAAGCGGCGCUUACUUCGGACGAGGAACACCAAACACUGCGAGUCUGUUGCCUCUCAUGUGGAAGGAGAUGGGCCACAAGUUGCUCUACACGUCUGAGGUCUACAAUGAGGACUCUCCGUACUGGAUUGACCUUCCAUGGGAGAAGGAGCUCCCAGACAGUGAGAAAGAGGGCAUGUUGAUGGUUCCAUACAACUACGAUUGUAAUGAUGGAAAGUUCCAUAUGAGUCCUGGCUUUGUCAGUUCGAGCGGAGCAACCUACGAGCAGUAUCUCAAGGAUGCAUUCGAUUGCUUGUACCGUGAAGGCGGCAAGAUGAUGACUAUCCCGAUGCACAGUAGAAUUGUAGGCAAGCCUGGCAGAUCAGAGAGUCUCCGGAGGUUCAUGAAAUACAUCUCCGAGAAGGAGGGUGUCUGGGUCACCACUCGCAAGGAAAUAGCGAACCACUAUCGGGAGAAGUUCCCCUAUAGGCCAGGCUCGAAGACUGGUGGUGAUUCGUAGUAGCCGAUAUAACACGAUGCUCUUUCUCCCAACUUCCUUUCUGACAGCAUUUGAACAGAACAGAAUGGCUGCUCGUCGCGGCGCUUCGUGACCUUGAUGAACAAUCCAACAAGGCUCCGCUGUACUUGUCUAUCCGGUUUGCCGCCUGAGUGCCAUGCUCUUGAUAUCCUGACGAAUCUUGCGCUCGACGCGAGCCGCGUCAUAAGUAGCCACCCACAGGUACUAUAUUUGGCGGUGAUGCUGUCGACUGUACGAGAAGAGACGGGUCGGAGUUCUUAAGCAGGAGGAAUAUCAUGGUCGGUAUAGCUCGGGCAGGCCAUUAAACAUGUGAAGACAACAAAGCGCUUUCGAAGCUUGAAAAUCAUCUACG